GGGAAAUCCCGCCAAAAUGAAUGAAAAGGAGGAAGGGUCAACGGAAUUUUAGUUUUAAAAGAUUUUCGACGCGAGUAGAUCAAUUCGUACCGUUUUUCCGUUGUGGGUUUACUAUUUUUAUUAAUUGUAUAAAUUGAAAAUGUCAGUGAGAAGGAAGUGUCGCGUUCGCGAGUGUAUUGAAGAGUCGGAAAGAUUGUUUUCGUUUCCCAAAAACGAGGAGGACCUCCAAAAGUGGGUGGAAAACCGCCCACAAUGCAUUCGUUUGCAUUAUACACUUCGAGCGAAGUGCAGUGGGCGUGAGAAAAUUGAAGGCACAUGCUGUGCCCACCCUCAACCUUGGUUACGACGAAGCACCUAGGCAUUUGUGGACGGGUCCACUGCCCCGAAGAAGAUGCUGCAUUAGCAGCUGCGUUUCAAGGCAGGCGACGCUGUUUGAAUAUUCCAUUUUAGAAGAAGAAAGAUUAGGAUUAGGGACACAAAAUAACGACGUAGGCUCUGCAUUAGACAGCCGCGAAGGAUUUGCUCGAUCCGCACGGUUUUAUCAAAGUAAUGCGCUCAAACUUAAUAAAAAGAUCGAAGAGUUAGAGGGGGUUAUAAAAUAGUUAGAAACAGUGUAUAAAGAACUUAAAGAUCGUGCAAUAGUUGCGGAUGAAACUUCAAGCUCUGAUGCUGUAACAUUCGCUAGGAUGAUCGUCACAAAACGCACUUUCUUUAGUGACAAUGAAAAGACAUUGGCACAAAAUAUUAACUAUAUGUCCACCAAAUCUUACAGUUUCAUGCGUGACGAUUUAGGUUUCGCUUUACCAAGCAAGAGCUCUCUUUUGAGAUGGCGCCCCAUUAGGUAUGUUGUCCCUGGCGUCGAUGCCAAUGUCUUGGGAAAUUUAGGCAAAAUUGCCAAAAAUAUGUCCGUUCUAGAACGUAAUUGCGUUCUCUUAUUUGAUGAAAUGAUCAUAAAGUCCGAUCUAACUUAUAAUCGAGUUAGAGUUAUCAUUGAUGGGUUUGUAGAUUACGGGGAAGGCCAUCGCGAAAUAAAAAUAGGUAGUAAAUGUGGUUUUUUUUAUGGUAAAAGGGUUGAGUUCAAGUUGGAAAUAUGUGUUUUCUUACUAUAUUUCCAAAGGUGGACUUCUAAGUCAAAAUUUAUUUGAAAUUUUGAAUAAAAAUAUCGCAGCACUGAAGUCGAUUGGCCUUAGCGUAAAGGCUUUAGUCUGCGAUCAGGGGGGACCAAACUCUUCAAUUUUCAAUUUAAUGCAAAUUACUGAAGAAAAGCCCUUUUAUAUGCACGAAGGUUCUAAAGUGUAUUGCUUAUAUGAUUAUUGCCACCUAUUUAAGUCUGUCCGCAAUACGUUAAUGAAAUAUGAUAUUUCAAGUCCCGAUGGAAUAGUCAGUUUCAAUAUUAUUAAAAAACUAUACUCUAUCGAUCAGAGCAAUACACAUUUUAAGAUUUGUCCAAAACUAACAGAGUCCCACAUAUAUCCCAGCGCCUUUGAAAAAAUGUCUGUAAAACGUGCAACUCAAGUUCUGAGUAAUUCGGUCGCGGCUGGCAUAGAAAUGGCCUAUAGCCAAAAUCUAUUCGGCUCUGACGAAUAUUUAAAAAAAUGUGUCAAGCCUACGCAGUUAUUUGUGAAGAGAAUGAACGAUCUCUUCGAUGAUUUAGACUGCAAAAAUUUUGCAUCAAAAAAUCCAUUAAAAUAUCCGCUUUUAAGAAAUGAUUCCGGGAAGGUCCAACGCCUCUAUGAUCAUAUACAGUUUUUAAAGUCAAUGAAAUUUCCUAAUAGUAAUCGCGUCAAAUGUAUUGACGGUUUUGUUAAAACUAUUAGGGCUAUGAUAAUGUUGUCCAAUGAGCUAUUUAGGGAUCAAAAGGAAUUAAAAUAUAUAUUCCUUGGGAAAUUGAAUCAGGAUGCGUUGGAAAAUUUUUUUUAUAGAGUCCGAGCCAGUCUGGGUAUGAAUACCCAUCCCACUGCCCAUGAAAUUCAAUAUAUAGUAGGACGAUUAAUAUCGAUGAAAAUUUUAAGGCAGAACUUCGAAAAUAAGGGGGCUAAUUGUGAGGAUGAUGACGAUGUAAAUUUAGAUUGGAACCUAGGCCCCGAAGAUCGUCAUUUAGAUAAGCAGGAAAGCGAUCAGGAAUAUGAGCAACUCGGUUUGGAAAAUUUUGUUAUUCCAGACGAAAAUUUCGUUGAAGAGGACGACGAAGCUGACGUCCAAGUCAAGCGGUAUUACACUGGCUAUGGUAUUUACCAGAAAAUUUUGUGUAAAAUUCAUUGCGAUAAAUGUACUGAGGCAAUGACAAAGACACAGAGCGAUUUAACGCUCUAUUCGGAGGCCCUAAUCAGAGCAAAAAACUAUAAGGAUGACGGCGAUUUAAGGCUAGUCAAUCCUAGUGAUAGGGUCUUCGAAGUGUGUCGACUGCAAAUGAUGUGGUACGUCAAGCUCUUCAACGAAUAUGCUCAUUAUUCUAAUGUUCGUUGUCUGAUGUUGUCUGCUAUACAACAAAGAACCGAAAAGGUUUUUCCUGAAUGGUUUAAUAAGUCCGAUGGGUGUUAUACUCAUAAAACCAAACUUUUAGAAUAUUUAGUGACCGUUCUUCUGUUUAAAAAUUCAAAAUGGUUGGUGAAAGAAGAAAUAAAUAGGGAACGACAUCGGAAGUGCGAUGAUAAAAUAAAAAAACUUAAGUAAGUUGCAAGUCAGGGCCUAUUCAUUAACGAACAUCCUACUUUCGGGUGAGUAAUGAAUUAACCAAAUGAAAAGAAUAUUUACGUUUUUUCAAUGUUUUGCUAUUUAUUCUAUUUACAGGUUCUUUUUUUAUUUUCAGCUCCUUUAUAUUUUCAGCUUUUCUUCUAAUUUCAGUUUUAUUUUAUAUUUCCAGGUUUUUUUUCAUUUUUCUUUUUUAUUACUGUUGCAACUGAGCCUAGCUUUUUUAAACAUUAAUAUUGCACUUAAUCAAGAUGGAUUAAAUUGUGUUUAAAAAAGCAGGUGAAAUUAAUUGACUUAAUUUAAUUAUUAAGUCGUGUGAGAAAUUUCCAUUUUAAAUGGAAAAUUUCGUAA